GGCUCUUCUCCUCCGGCUCGCUUGGUCACUGCAUCCGCUUCCGCUGCUGCAGCUGCUCCAGCAACAUCCGCCGCAGCGGCUGCAUUCAUGGCGAAAAAGGUGAAAAGCCGGUCGAAGGGCUUUCGGGGGAAGCGGAAGAAGGGCGGAGGCAUGUCUCUGCUGAGUCGGUACGAGGCUGCAGUGGAGUUGCAGCAGCAGCAGCAGGCACAGCAGAAGCAGCUCAAGAAGGAGCGCAAGAAGCAGGAGAAGGAGCAGCAGAAGCUGGAGCGGAAGCGACUGAAGAGGCAGCUGAAGGAUCUUGAGCUGCAGCAGGAGCUGCUGCGGCGCCAACAGAAGAAACAGCAGCGGGAGGUUAUUGCUCUGACCAAGCAGCAGCCGCAAGCGCGACUGCAAAGGCUGCUGCAGGUGAUGUCUGCUGCCCCUUCAGGAGGAGGCUCUGCAGCAGCCUUCGCUGCUGCUGCCAAAGCGGCAGCUGCAGGAAUUUGCGCUUCGGAAUUUACGGCGCCAAGAGAGGAGCUGCUUAGCGACGCAAGCGAGUACGAGACACGUCAGAGUCUUGCCUCCGAAGAACAAGAAGAAGAACAAGAAGAACCCGAUGGCGAAGAUGAAGAGGACGCCAGUGAUGCAGAUGCGUCUAGAUCGGAGGGAGGAAGAAGAACGAUGGCGGCUGGAGAAGAGGCUCCAGCGUGUGUUUAUGUUGAUCCGCCUCAAGAAGAAGAGCCGGCAGGAGGCUGCGACACUUUCUCGGAUGUGUCUGCAGAAGAUCUUGGAGCAAAAGAAGACGAUGCUGCAGCUGCUGCCGAACAAGCACCCAGAAGACGCAAGACGCAAUCCUGGUUCGACAUGGAGUCUUUUGGCCUUGCAGUGGCUGCAACUCGCCUCGCAGCUACAACGGGAGCAGCAGCAGCUGCUGCUUCUGCCGCUGCAGCCUCGUUGCUUCCGCCUUUCGACUUUGCCUGCACGUUCGAUGAGGCUGUAGACGACGAAGUCGCCACAGCAGCCCGUAGGCUGUUUAUCCAGCAGAAGCGCAGCGCUGCUGCGCGAAACAAAGGCAAAGGAUCUGCGCCGAGCGAUGGCAACAGCAGCAGCCUAAAAGACAGCACGAACGGCGCUGGAUUGAGCCAUUUAGAUGCAUGCAUUGAAAGCCUCGCGGGAACGGCCUUUUGCCCCGUGUCUCUACGGCAGCAGCAACAGCAGAAUCAAGUACAGCAGCAGCUUGAGGAAGUCACGUUGCAGCCUCCAGGCUGCGCAUCAUACUUCGUUCGCCUUUCCCGCAUUACCCCCCGACCAGCUCUUGCGAUGCCUGCUGCCUCUGCUGCCUCUGCUGCUUCUGCUGGUUCUGCUGCUGCCAUACCUGGCGCACGCAGCACCAACAGCAGCACCAACAGCAGCACCACCAACAGCAGCACCACCAACAGCAGCAGCAACAGCAGCAAUCACACCGCAAGCGGCAGCAAGACGUUCCUGGAAGGCGUUCUCGAACGGCAGUUCCCCACCGACCCUCUUGCGGUGUAUGGACACCUUGGCUCCUUCCCAGUCGAUGCCUAUGGGGCUCCUGCAUGCGUGGCAAGGGGCCUUCGGCGUUGUUUGGAGGCUGUGAGAUCUCCUUUGUCAGAAGCAGACUUCCCGAGUUUGAGGAUGGAGUGUGCAGAUGGUCGCUGGAGCCUGCCACAGAGCUUGGCUUCGCUGUACCACUUGCUGCACAGCUACGCGGAUGUGUGCUUCCCGCACGAGAACUGCUUCGCCACGCCGCAAGUGCGCUGUCUGCUCGCGGCGCAUGCGAUGCAGCACCUCCUGAAGGCCAGAGGCAGAGCGGCUGCUGCAGCGAGGCUUGCUGCAGUGCUCGGCGCCUUGCCGGAUGCCUCGUCGAGGCAAGCGAGCCUCACCAGGGCAGCCUGCAAGGCCUCUUUCGACGAUCUCCUGCUGCAGCACGACAAGCAGCAGCUGCAGCAGCAGCUGCAGACGCGCGAGUCACCCGUCCUAGCAGAAGGCGCCACAGCCGAUGCAGCAGACACCUCGGAGGGAGACAGCAGCGCUGCCACAACAGAAGCAGCAGCAGCAGCAGGGGAGGAGCAGCAGCAGCCUCUGAGCGAGGCUGUCUGUGAGCAGUGGCUAGCAGAAAUACAACAGGAUAGCGGCUACACUCGGCCUCGUGUGCUCCUGCUUGCCCCCUUCCGAUCCGCCGCAAAACAAGUCGUGGAUGCUCUGUUACAAAUGCUGCCAGAAAACUUCCAGGUGCUCAAUCGAAAGAGGUAUACUGACGAAUUCGGCGCAGCCGCUGGCGAGACAAUACAGCAGCAACAACACACCUUCGCUAAAGCCCGUCGACCUCGCGAUUUCAUCGAAACUUUCAAAGGGGAUAGCAGCGACAGUUUCCGUCUGGGUUUGCGGCUCUCAAACAAGGCGCUUGCCUUGUAUUCUCCGUUGAUUGAAAGUGACCUCAUCGUGGCAUCGCCUCUUGGCUUGCGUACUCUGACUGGCGCGAAGGGAGAAAGCAACCGGAAUUUCGACUUUUUGUCGUCUCUUGAGGUAGUGAUGAUUGACAGAGCCGAUAUCAUCGCUCUGCAGAAUUGGCAACUCCUUAAAGAACUUCUCGAGGUCGCGAAUUUGCCGCCUCAGGACUAUACGUCCUUCGACAUUCGGCGAUUGCGGCCCUCAAUGGCUGCCGCGUUGGGCUGUACAGACCGUCAGUUGGUGAUAUGCAGCAGCGGCAGAAGCCCGCGUUUGGGGGCUUUGCUGCAUGCCUUCUCGUCGAAUCGGCGAGGACGCAUUGAGCUCUUUGAUCCGCGACUUGCUGCUGCGUGCAUGCCUUUGGAUAUCCCUUCCGCGGACUGUGUGGCUGCUGCAGCAGCAGCGGCAGCAGCAGCGCAGGAGGGCAAGCAGGGAGCAGCGUGGAAGGCAGCCGUCGCUGCUCUUGAUGCUGCAGCAGCUGCUGCGUUGGAAGUUGCGAAAGCAGAAGCAGCCAAGGGGAAGCCGCGCGGCCUGGUGCCAGCAACGUUGCGUUGUAGCAGGGCAGGCGUCCAGCAGCUCUUCUGCCGCGUUGCAUGCAGGGAAUUCAAGCACGUGCAGCGUGCACUGAUAGAGUACUUCUCAACUCAGGUUCUACCUGCCCUUGGAGGGGCCUCACGCCUUCUUAUUGUGGUCCCUACCUUCUUGGAGCUCUGCAGACUGCGGGUGGCUCUGAAGGAGCAACGCGUCAGUUACAGCGUCUGCCACGAAUAUACGGCGAAUGCCAAGCUUUCACGCGCACGCCAGCAGUUCCUCAAAGGAGACGUGCCCCUGCUGCUGACAACAAGCCGCUUCUGCUUUUAUCGGCGCUAUCGCCUCUCCGGAUGCCAGCGCAUCAUCUUUGUGGGGCCUCCAUGCAGCCCUGAGGUGUACCUGCACCUGCUGACUGAGUCGUUACCGGCUGCCACUGAGGCUGCAGGAGCAGCGGCAGGUGCGACCAGCCUAGACUGCUCGGCGGAGAGACGCGUGGAUGGCUCGGCAUUGUGUUACUUCACCGGCUUUCAGCUGCAAGCGCUCGAAAGCCUCAUGCCUAUGCGUCAAGCUCUACAACUGCUGCAGGCCCCCCAAGGCCGAGUCGUAUCUCUUUGCUAA